UUUACUCGGCAUUGUUGUGUUUCAUUGUUGCCGUCAACAAUCCGCUUUCGUUAUUACGGAAAGAGCUCUGCUGUGAAUUGUUUGUAGAAGAAGUUUAAGAAAACUUGGCUCGCCGUUGGGUAGUGCUAGAAUGGGAGGAUUGGGGCACAGACCGGCGGUCUACCUGGCUGUCACACUGCUUACAGCGUUGUUUCUCUGGUGUCUGCUGGUGUCUUAUGCCGCCCGGGACGAACACAGAACCAUCAUUCCAAGAAAUACGUACGUCUUAGGACAGAGCAGGAAGAUUUAUAAAUAUGAUCGGCACAUGCCCCUCGUCUUCAUCGGUGGAGUGCCCCGCUCUGGUACAAAUCUAAUGCGAGAGAUACUCGACGCCCACCCUGAAGUCAGGUGUGGUCAGGAGACAGAGGUCAUACCUCGAAUUCUCCAGAUGAGGUCUCAGUGGCUUAGAUCCCAAAAGGAGAGCUUUAGAUUAGAAGAGGCGGGUUUGUCAAAAGACGUACUGGACUCUGCCAUAGCGGCGUUUUGUCUGGAGGUCAUCGCAAGACAUGGUGACCCAGCGCCAAGGCUGUGUAACGAGGAUCCAUUAAUACUUAUGUCUGCGUCGUACCUGUCUGAGCUGUUUCCACAAGCCAAGUUUAUUUUGAUGAUACGUGAUGGUCGUGCCAUUGCACAUUCGAUCAUAUCCAGGAAGGUGACCGUCACGGGGUUCGAUCUGACAAGCUAUCGCCAGUGUCUGACAAAGUGGAACUCUGUGAUUCACACUAUGUAUAAUCAGUGUCUCGAUGUGGGACCCUCAAGGUGUUUAACGGUGCACUAUGAGCAGCUGGUGCUGAAUCCUGGUGAAAGGAUAAGGCGUAUUCUCAGCUUCCUUGACAUCUCUUGGGAUGAAUCUGUUAUCCGUCACGAUGAAUUAAUCAACAAGCCAGGUGGUGUUUCAUUAUCGAAAGUGGAGCGGUCAUCAGACCAAGUGAUGAAGUCAGUAAACUUGAAAGCGGUGGCCAAAUGGAUUGGAAACAUACCAGAUGAUGUGGUGAGGGACAUGACUGAGAUUGCACCCAUGCUCUCUGUUUUGGGCUAUGACCCAGAAUAUGGUUCGACAGAUCCAUUUGUCAUUGAUAAUACGAAGCGGAUAAGAGCCAGUGUGCAGCUUUGGGAGAACAGAGCUUAGAGACUUGAUUGGUCCACAACCGACGUUUCAAGAUGUGAAUGCUGAGGAUUCGACAUCGGAAGCUGCAUCUGUUGCCGCGUGAUCUCCGUCCGGAGACCGGAACUAUCUCCCUCGAUUGGGGCCCAAACAGAGUAGGUUUCUACCUGAAUACGGAGACAGAUUACAAUGUCCGAAACGUCGCGUUUUAUUAAUUCCGGGACGGUGGAUUAUGUCCAGAGAGUAGUACGCUUCAACAACGCAUCAUCGUCACAAACUUUUAGAAUUUAACUUCUCAUUGGUUAAAAUUAAAUUAUUUGGUUAU